AUGAGAAUACAUGCCAAUAUGAUUAUACUGACUUGUUUACUUUUGUUACCAGUAGUUUUUGGUAACGGAGAAAAAAAUGAAACGACAUUUGUGCCAACUCGAGAAUGGCAAACUGUAAAAAAAGGAUGAACACACUCAACAAAUAAAAAAAAAAUUUAGAGACUAUGAAACUUUAAAGAAGGAAUUCAAAGCACUUGAAAUAAACAUUACCACUGAGACAGGAUUGAUGAGUAUCUAUUUUCAAAAAUUUCAAGUUCACCAAAAUAGAAUUACUAUGGGUACUUUAACAGCUGCAGAAACAGAAGAAAUUUUAGAUAUUUUGUAUAAUUUGGAAUAUCUGCUUCAUCAUAUUGAUAAUGCCAAAGUUUUUGCUGACAUGCAAGGCCUGAGUAAAAUUAUAUCUCCCUGUCUUAAUGGGACAAACAAUGAAAUAAAGGCUGAAGCUUUGAGACUUUUUGGUGCAGCUGUUCAGUCUAAUCCCAGAGUACAGUUAGAAGCAUUCAAAAGUGAUUUUGUUCAAAAACUUUUACAUAUCUUGUCUACAAAUAAUAAAGUGAAAGUGAAGUCAAGAUGCCUGUUUGCUUUGAGUGCACUAAUAAGACAGUUUCCAACGGCACAGAAAAUGUGGGUUGAUCAUGGGGGAAUAGAAAUAUUUGGAAAAAUUUUAAUUGACGAUCCGUUACCAAUACAAAUGAAAGUUAUGACACUGAUCGAUGACUUAAUUAUAGAGAGACAGAACUUACAAGAUAUUACUUAUAUCAGUAAACAGCAACAACUAAAAAUAAAAGCAUAUGCCGCAGCUGAUAUGGAGAAAAAAUUAACAUAUGAAUAUUGCAAUCAUUUGAUUAAUCUUAUGAUAUCGAGCUUCAAAAUUGAUUUCGAUGAGAGGAGAAUCAAUUAUGAAUUUCUAGAAACUAUUUCUAAUAGCGUGAGUACUGUUGCACCCAUUUGUAUUAAUCAAUGGAGAGAAAGAGACGAAUUACUUCCCAUUCUGAAUGUGUUGCAUACAUUCAAUAGAUAUGAGAAUUUACAUAUAGUAAGAGACAUGCUUCUCAAAAAUUCUCGCGAUGAAUUAUAG